AUGAUGGGCACGCAAGACUCGGUCGACGUGCUACUGCUGGGCUCCGGGUGGACCGGGUCCUUCCUGAUACCUCUUCUCAAACACACACGCCUCACCUACGCCUACACAUCGCGCUCUCCACCGGACGAGAAGCAGCCCCACGACGACCACAAAAUCCAGUUCGAGCUCACCGAUCCCGUCACCAGGGAGUCCCUCGAGCCACUUCCUCGAGCAUCCACCGUCGUCAUCAUCUUUCCCAUCAAGAAUCUCCAGCAGGUAGAUGACCUCGUCAACGAAUACCAAGACUUGCACGGUCCCACCCGAUGGGUUCAGCUCGGAAGCACAGGCAUCUGGGGUCCAGGAAGGAGCUCCUCCUCGUCUCCCUUCGACACCACCAAUGCCAGAGCUGCGGCUGAACAACGUCUGCUCGAUAUCACCUCCCUCUCCGCAUCGAAGCAGGCAGGCGCAGCAGCUGUGCUGAACCUCGCCGGUCUGUAUGGUGACCAGCGACAACCCAGGAACUUUGCUUCACGCGUAGGAGCGUCCAAGGAGCUGCUUUCCAUGAAGGGCAGCGUUCACUUUGUCCACGGUCAAGAUGUCGCAAGAGCCAUUCUGCUGCUCCACAAUAGCAACCGUGCAGGCUGGGGCCGUCGUUGGAUCGUGUCGGAUACAAAGGUGUAUGAUUGGUGGCAGCUUUUCCGCUUCCUUCGACCGGCGCUGCCGGAACACCCGGACGACAGUCCAGAGACGGCUCAGCGAUGGGUCAGAGAGCUGAUGAAUGAGAACAAGGUCGAUACGUUGCCCCGUCCCAUCGCCGAGUCACCGGGUCAGAAUCUGCCUCGCUACCUCGAGCGCGCUUUGGAAGGACACGAGUUCUGGGACCUCUUCGGCGAGAAACCAUCCGUCAAUUCCGUGUAUCGAGGCGGUGAGCAUGGACUACGACCCCACCGGUCUCAAGCCAACGGUGUCAGCGUCGAAUCGACCAGCGAAAAGUUGCCGUCGCGAGAUCCACGCUACGACAAGCUCGUCGGAUCCAGCACUCAGUCCUUCGUCAUUCGAGGGUUCGAUCCUACCAUCCCCCACGAACGUAUUCAAGACCUCAUAGACCGAAUCGAGCAGGACUGUCAGCGUCCCCUUCCAUCCAAAGCCACCUUCGAAGGCGACCACCCUCACCUCGGACUGACCCACGACCGCUUCGUCGCUCUCCGAGACGCCUGGGUCCCCUUCCUCCACUCGCACCCUUCCACACCUGCCACCGAACUCGACGAAUCCAUCUCCAUCCGAUACCCGACCCGCUCCGGACCCGACCACGACACCUGGCUCGCCGAACAAGCCCGCAUCUCCUCCUUCGACCACUACAAAGUGCUCAUCGAGGACGUCGAUUUUCAUUUCAUCCACGAGCGUGCCAACCCGCCAACCGUCGGGUUCAACACCAAGGUGAUCCCGCUCCUGCUGCUGCACGGAUGGCCGGGAUCGUUCCACGAGUUUCUGGAUGUCAUCAAGCCGCUGGCGCAUCCGGGCAACCUGACGCCGGUGCACUUUGAUGUCGUGGUACCGUCGCAUCCUGGGUACAUCUUUUCGGGCGGUGCGAACGGGUUGGCGAGGGAUUCGAGGAGCGGCAGGGUCGUGGGCAGCCAUUCGGGUCCGGAUGGCGAUCUGUUGGUGAAGGACGUGGCGAGGAUGAUGCACAAGUUGAUGUUGACGCUGGGAUACAGGAACUACGCGGUGCAGGCGGGAGAUUGGGGUGCCGCCGUACUGAGGAGUAUGGCGAUCCAGUUUCCGCAGAACGUCAGGGCGGUACAUUUGAACUUUUGCCCUAGUCAAGGUCCGAAUCUGGUUCUACCGGUGUUGGGAAGGGAGUUGACGCCAAAGUGGGUUUUGAGACUGCCUCACUCGGUGUCGAAACUGCGAUACUCAAAACGCGCUUUGGGGAUGUUCGAGGAGUACACUUCUGGCAAGAAGUCGAGGUCGUUCUGCGGGAUGGGGUGGUUGAUCGGUCAAGCAGCAGAAGCGGCUACCGAGAUCGGGUGGAAGUCUUUCUCGAAGCUCUCGCUCGGAUCGAUCCCGCCACCACUCUCGAGCGAGGAACGAGAAUCCCUUCUCCGCGGUAUCGAGUUCGCAUCCACGGGAAGUGCCUACGCCGCGAUGCACGCGACCAAACCAUCCACCCUCGGCCUCGUGCUCUCCCGAUCACCCCUCUCCACCCUCGCCUGGAUCGCCGAAAAGAUGUACGCCUGGACAGACCAACCCCCGACCCACUCGGUGAUCCUCACCAACCUCACGCUGUACGAGCUCACCGACACCAUCGCAGGCUCCUUCUACCCCUACCGAAACCGCGAUCCCCGCGGACCAUCGGAGAUCGCCAGCGAUCCAAACAACUACAUCCACCAACCGACCGGAUUCUCCAGUUUCCCGGAGGAAAUCAUCCAGGCCCCGAAAAGCUUUGUUCAGGCCAGCGUCAAUCUCAAGUGGUACAGGAGGCACGAAGAGGGAGGUCACUUUGCUGCGUUGGAGGUGCCGGCGAGGUUUGUGGAAGAUGUGCUGGAUUGUUUUGUGGAGAUCUGGCCUUGUUAG